CCAAACCGUGUCACCCCUGAGAGGCACGGGCCGAAUCACCAGGACCCAGCAUGCAGGGACAGCUUCCACCGAGAACACUGCUCAGUUUGGCUCUCAGUCUCCUGUUCCUGAACAUGGCAACAGCCAAGCGUGGCUGCCCCAGCUCUUCCUCACAACUCCUCAGCCAGCUGCAGAGUCAGACGAACAUCACAGGGAACACAGGAUUACUCUGGGAGCCCUAUAUGCACCUCCAAAACCUGAACACAUCUGCCCUGAGAGCUGCCUGCAUGGAGAACUCUGUGGCCUUCCCCAGCGAGGACACACUCCGGCAACUGAGCAAGCCUCACUUCCUGAGCACUGUGUAUGCCAUACUGGGCAGAAUUGAGCACCAACUGGAUGCUUUAAGACAGCAAUUUCUGAAGACUCCGGCUUUUCCAAAGCUAGAGAAGGCCAGGUGGAACACCCAUGGCAUAAGGAACAAUGUUUACUGCAUGGCCCAGCUGCUCCACUACUCCCUGGAGAUACCUGAGCCCACACAGGCGGACUCUGGCGCCUCACAGUCCACUACCACACCAGGCCUCUUUCAGGUCAAGAUAGGCAGCUGCCGCUUCCUCUGGGGCUACCAUCACUUCAUGGGCUCAGUGGGGAGGGUCUUCAGGGAGUGGGGAGAUGGCUCCAGACGCAGCCGGAGACACAGUCCGCUUCGGGCUCAGCACAAGGGAGCCGGCAGAAUCAGACCCUCCAGGAGCAGCCAGAGGCUGAAGCCCAGGGCCCAGGUACCCCGGUAG